AUGUGCGAAUCUGGCCUAUCAUUGGGUAUAACAUCGGAUGGACAGGUGUUGUUGUGGGGUGGGCAUGAGGUUCUCAAAGUAGAAUCACUUAAAGAAGAGAAUGUAUUCAUAACCGGCAUAUCUGGUGGUUUAAGUGAUAAAGAGAAACGAAAUGUUUUGAAUGAAACGCAAAGUCUUGUGAAACUUCGGUCAGAAGACCUCAAACCGGAUAAUGUGUUGAUUUCAAAGAGCGGACGCAUAAAGUUAUGUGACUUUGGUUUAGCUAAAGAGGUCGUGAAUUGCGAUUCAUUUAAUAUGUCAAAAACCAAACAUACAGCAGAUGUGGGAAGUGUUGACUAUAUGGCACCGGAAGCCCAGACCAAUGAUUACAAUCAUUUGAUAGAUAUCUACAGUCUGUCACUAAUUGGGGCUCAAAUAUUUGGUUUCGAAACAAACGAUGUAAAGGACGGAAAUUACCAUUAA